UGGAGAGAAGGGAUUCAGAUGUGCGCUGCGGCGAAAGGAACACCUCUCCUCUAUUAAAAAACUUACCACAUAUGAAAGAAAACGUUUUCCCUCGUAACCGCGACUGAACAAAAGGGAGACUUCCGUCAAUCUCGCCUGGAUAUGCCCCUGCUUUUUUCAGACAACUGUUAGAUAUGAGUAAAAAACGGAUUUGACCUGUUUUAGAGAACUUGCGUUCACACCCAACAGUGGCCCUAUAAAAUGCUCAGGUAGCCUGCUGAAAAGAGAAACAACUAAAGACGCCACCGCAGAGGCAGCGGAUAUAUACCAUGGAACGAUAAUAUGAAUCUCCCCUACUUGCAAGGGGCCGAGUGCGUCACCUCUUUUUCACUACGCUCUCCCCUGCUGUUCUUGUGGAACAGGAGCGCAUUCAGUUGGGGAGUUUGACCAAAGAUCUACGCAAGAAUUUUUUCAUUUUUGGGAGCGUUUUUUGACAUUGUAUUUUAGUGAGUGCUCAGGAAUGGCAGGAACUGUUCCUUUUUUGGUGCUCUUUGUUUUGACACUCUCUGAAAGAGGUUUGAGUGUGUCUUACCCACAGCGGUACAAUCUGUACGCGGGGCAAACUCAGUCCCAGGCGCAGAAUGGAGUGAGAGCAGCGAGUCGACACAGAAACUGGUGUGCAUACGUGGUGACACGGACGGUGAGCUGUGUGGUGGAGGACGGGGUAGAGACCUACGUGAAGCCAGACUACCAGCCCUGCUCCUGGGGGCAGGUGCAGUGCCCCCGUGUGGUGACGUAUAGGACAUACAUGAGGCCCAAGUACAAGGUAGCCUACAAGAUGGUCACUGAGAUGGAGUGGAGGUGCUGUCAUGGGUACAGUGGAGAUGACUGCAGUGAUGGGAUGAAUGGAGGCUACACCACCCACAGACCCUGGCCCAAACCUUCCAAUCCAGGACAGACAGGCUCAACCACAGGCUCAGGCCAAAGUGGAGGAGAGGGUAGAGGUGACAGUGACAAGAUGAGGAGGCUGGAGGACAAGAUCGCAAGUCUGACCAAAGAUCUCCAUGACCUGCAGUCCACCCUGAGGGGCAUGAAUGAGAAGUUUCAGGAGGAGAUGCGGAAACCAGGGUCCGGUGGCCGAACACCAGCAGAUGAUGCCCAGCCCGGGAUGAAGCAGACCAUCAACAACAUCCAGGCCAAGCUGGACCAGUUAGACAACAGGACCCAGGCACAUGACAGGACACUGCUAAACAUCAACAACCACCUUGUCAAUGGCAAUGGAAAUUCCGGUGGCGGUAACAGUGUGGACAGUGAGGGAGGUGGCCAGUUGAAUACACUGAAGGAGGAGGUGUUGAGGGAGCUGGAGCACAGGGUGUCCUUGUCCUGCUCCUCUUGUCAGUCAGGUGUGGAAGACCUUCGGCGGCAGCAACUGGAAGACCGCGAGAGGAUCCGUGCCCUGGAGAAGCUGGUGAACUCGGUAGACCAACGGCACCGUGUGAUACUGGACAGCCUGCGUAAGGAGGUGUCCCGCUCACAGAGCUGCUGCAGUUCGCUGACUGACCAUGGCCGGAGGCUUGACCAAGUAGAGAAGAAGAUUAGCACAGCAUCGGAGGCCUACGAUGUCCUCCAAGUCCAUCUGGACAGGAAGAUCCCUGGUUGGGGGAGUAGUGGUGGGGCUGGGGGAGGUGCCGUGGUAACAGAGGACGGGUUUGAUGGGCGCCUGCAUGACCUUGAGAGGCGGCUGAACAGGACGGUACAGAAGGCAGAGGAGACCUGUGGAAGUGCAGGCGUUGACCUGAAAGACACCUUUGGGAAGGAGAUCAUCAACAUUCGGAAUGAGGUACUCGACCAGAUCGAUGACCAAGACAACAGGAUAACCAGUGUGGAGAACGCUGGGAGAAUCCUGAAGGAAACCAUCUCAGACCAUGGUGACCGCCUGGCCCGGCUUGAGAACGUGACCGCGCACCUUGACCGCAAGGUGACUUCAGCAGUGACCACGUGCAUGGAGUCAUGUGGGCGUAGGCCAGGGCAAGGUGGCAGCGAAACCGACAAUGCAGUUAAGACCCUGCAGUGGAAGGUCAUAGCCAACGAGCAUGAGAUCAAGAUGUUUGACACCAGGCUGAAAGACCUUUCCGUCUCAGGUGACUCCCUAACUGACAAAGUGUUGAACCUUGGCCACGACGUACGCAAAAUCAAGGCCUUGACUGGAGAGAAUGGUGAGCGCUUCAACCGCAUCGUCACGGAAAUCGAGACCUUGGGUGAGCGAGUUGACGACUGCGAUGCCUGUGACUCACUGAGUAAUGAUCUAGGAGCGCUAAGGAAUAGCACCAGGGACAUUCUCAACAGGCUUCGGACAGACAUUGACAGAAUGAGUGACCGGAUGGACUCAGAUGGAACUUCCUGUUCCCAGGUGUGUUCAAACCUGCAGGAGGAGGUGGGGAAGCUAAAGGAAGACGUCGAGAGGUGUACAGGGCAGUGUGGCGUUGGGCCUGGUGAGACAGACGGGGACCCUGACCCCCAAAAGCCCUUGGACGGGCACAGCGUCAUUGGUGGUGCUUCUGAUGAGACACUGAAGUCAAUUCAGGGUGAGCUCUCUGAGGUCAUACUAACCUUCAGCUCCGUAAAUGACACCCUGAGGGGCCUGGAAGACACAGUGCAGAAGCACGACAGCACCAUCACAGACCUGAGCAACACCAAGGACAGGAUCUUCUUAGAGAUCGACAAGAUUCAGCAAGAAAUGACAAGGCAGGUGGAGGAUAACCGCGGUCGCAUGGACCAUUUUGACCGCGAGAUCCGGCGUUUCACAAACAACCUGGUUGUGGAGAUGGGCGACUGCCGGAGAUCUUCGGACGGGCUGGAGAAGAGGAUCUCCAAGGUAGAGGACGUCUGUGGCCGGCUGGAUUCGGUGAAUGAUGGCCUGCAGAGGAUCAAGGAUGGUCUGAACAAACAUGUGACUGGUAUCUGGGGCUGUGUCAAUGACCUCAAUACCACUGUCACCACACAUGGAGAGCUCAUUGAUGACAUCCGGAGCAUACAACUGGAUGUUGUCCAUGGAAAGAUCAAGUCUCUCAACUCCUCAGUGCAACGCUAUCACAAUGACUUUGACAUUUUCUCCAAACAGGACUUUGUUGGACCACGUGGCCCCCCAGGUCCUCAAGGAGAGAGGGGCUACCAGGGGCCACCUGGGCCAAAGGGUCCAACAGGCAAAGAUGGGCCUCCUGGCAAAAAUGGUGUGGAGGGCUCAAGGGGACCCCCAGGACUCAGAGGUGAACGUGGUAUGCCUGGAGCCGAUGCCAAUGUACCACGAGUGUCUUUCUCCGCUGGUCUAACAUACCCACAUGUUAACCCAGGAACCAUACUCUUCAACAAGGUGUUUGUCAAUGAGGGAGAGUUCUACAACCCACAAACUGGGAUCUUCACGGCCCCGAUGGAUGGGCACUACUUCUUCAGUGCCGUCUUGACAGGCCGCAAGAAUGAGAAGAUCGAGGCAGUUCUGUCCAAGUCCAACUACGGCAUGGCACGGGCAGACUCGGCUGGGUACCAGCCCGAGGGCCUGGAGAACAAGCCCGUGGCUGAGACCAAGCCCACACCAGGGUCUCUGGCCAUCUUCAACAUCAUCCUACCACUACAGGUUGGGGACACCAUCUGCGUAGACCUGGUCAUGGGCAAGCUGGCUCACUCGGUGGAACCACUGACCUUCUUCAGCGGGAUGUUGUUGUAUGAAGACAUCUGAGGUCCAGCCAGAACACGAGGAGAAACUUUUAAAUAAAUACAAAACAAACAUGUUAAGGAGGGAAUUUUUUUUUUAAUGCAGUGACCUUUUACACUCAUAACGAAACAAAAACAUCAAUAGGAAGACAAUGGCACCAUUUUUUCUUGGUUUCAUUUGUAAACCCAAGUGCCACUGAAAGACCUGAUUAAUUGCUUGAAGACAGGAUAUAACAGACGUUAUAUGGAGCAGAGACUUGCCUGUGAUGGUGUACCUUUCCCAUCCCAGGGAUGAAAGUUUUAACAGAUGCUACUGCAGUUUUAUUCUACUUUAUCUGUGUCUUUGCAUUUCACUUCAGACAAGAGUUAUGGAUAAUCAUACACGCACCAAACCUGACCUUGAUGUGCUGUCAAAAUCUUGUGGCUAACUUUUUUCCAAUGGAAGGUGGAGUUCUACAGUUUGGAAAUGUAUUUUUGUGAGGGUGGAUUUGAAGUGAUUCCAGGCAAGAGAUAUUUCUGUGCACUUUUAGUCUGUAGUUUUACCUCGUGGUUCCAUUGGGAAUGGCACUCCACAGCACAGCCACGCUGAAAAUGUUUAAAACUAUGCAGUUAAUGUGCCUUAACUCUGUACACAACAACACAGGACCUGUUGUCCUGAGUGUACGGUCAUACUGAUUUAGCCUCAGUGAUGUAACUUGCAUACAUUUUAUUUAAAGGUUUAUACAAAAAACAUUUUAGUAGAAUAACCAGAAGAUACAGUGUAGUUUGGUUAUGUUGUGAUAGGAUCCCAGAAGGUUCGCAAUUUCUUGAACUCAAGCCAAAGAUUACAAGAAGGGGGCUUAUUUUAAACACGGCUUUUUUGCUUCAUGAAAAAGGACAAAUUGCAGUCAUUAAUGGGACCACGGGUUUAAAUGUUUUUUUAUGGCCAAAAAUAAAUAUCAGUCCUAACAGAUGACACACAUUGGCUUUUCCACUACAUUUUCAUCUGGUUUUGUAAUUACAAGAGGAGUAUUUGGAAAAUAUACUGGCAUUUAUCCCAUUCCUGUGCUAGAAUGUCACACGAUGAAAAGAGGAUGCAUCGUGACACCACCAGCCCAAAAUUGAGGUCUUCCUCGGGAUUAGAGCAAUCAGGUCCAGAAAAUUUCCUUGCAUAUCCAUUAUGUGGUUUUGUGUGUUUUGUCAUUUUGAGGUUCACUCUGAGUUAGCAUUCCUGUUAGGGAAAUUUUGUUGGACUGAAUUGCUCUGAGACUUUGUCUGUUAGAAAACUAUUGAAAUGCGGUUAAAAUGUGUACAGUAUGCCAUUCAUUUAUGCUACAGUUUAGACUGACGAAUGCAAAUAAACACCAAAGGAUGCUCUAUAUGCUGAAAUAGCAGAACUGCAUGAAUCAAACACCUGACAUUUUACCACAUAGAAUAAAUUAAUUAAUAAAAUACACAUGGUAAGGCAAGGAAUUGACAAAUGAAGAUUUUAAUCUACUGCCUGCAUCCACUACGGAUUUCCCCAGCACUUAACAUUCUGGUAGCUGUCCGUCUCAAGAGUAUUUUACUUAAAUAUGGUGUUUUACUUAAAUAUUUGGUUUUAUCAGACCAUGUCUGAAACGGAGACUGUCUAGUAAUUUAAAAGAUUCCAAAGCCUAAGAGUUUCACUUUCAUUCAAAGUUUUUUUUUCCUACAUUAGAUGAAGCUUUUAAAAAAAGGUAUGAUCUCAUUCAGCAUGCAAUCCAAAGUGGCUGUAAAUUUUUGUAUAUUUUUUGUACAACUCCUCACAGGUUAUCUUCAAUGUGCAUUGGCUACACGUGUGAUUUAAAUAAAGAUAUUUAAUUUUACACAG